AGAGCAGCUUCCUGACCACCUCGACACAUGUGAGAGAGAAACAAGAGAGCGGCAGAUCAUCAUCGAUUCAGUGGGCAGUGCUUGCCAUUGGUCUUGUGAAUAUGGAUGUCUCCAAGCCUAAAGCGAUCAGCAAGGUUGCUACACGGGCCAUGGCGCCUGGCACCCCCCACAAGGGCCCGCCCAAAUUCAAACAGAGGUCUACACGCCAGUUCAAGAGCAAGCCACCCAAAAAGGGUGUCAUUGGAUUUGGUGAAGAUAUUCCUGGAAUGGAGGGAUUGGGAACUGAUUUUAACGUGAUCUGUCCGUGGGAGGCGUACAGUCACCUGGAGUUACACGAGCUGGCCCAGUAUGGCAUUAUAUGAGGUCACUUCCUGUACCCCACUGAACAACAUCCUGCACCUUAAUAUUCCAUUUAAAUAUGAAUAUUCAUACAGAAAUAUCUUUGGUUGAUGUUUGGUCAGUGAUGUAUGACAGCAGUCAUAAAUCAGCAAUAAUGAACUGGAUGUUAGUUGAUCUACCUCUUCAAAUUUCCUGUAGAACUAGACUUAAUUUGCUCUGUCGCGAUGCUAAUUUCAGAUAACCUUUUCUUACUCUGGUUUUACUUUAUUAGUAUUAGUGGUUUUACAGUAUUGUCAUACUGACGUGAAAUGGGCAUUUUAGGUGUCAGCUUUUACUUCCGUUUAACCCUGCCAAUAUAAAGGUAGCAUGAUUUGUGGAUUUUGUUUUUUCAUUUUGAUGUUUGUUUUCAUUUUGUCAAGUUGCAAAUGUUGAAAAUGAGUUUGGAUUCUGUGGGGUGUCAGUGUCUGCCCAUAGCAGCUCUCUGUGAGAGUUCGGCCCAGUUUACUGACCCUGUGAUGCUGGAGAGCCAUACAAGAAUGAGUCCGGCUCAG